AUGCAAGCAUCAAGAGCAGCCAGCCGCCUUGCGCUUCAUGCGGCCCAUUUACCAAAGCGAUCGUUUAGUACUUCACGGGCAGUGGCAAAGGAUAUUCAAGAUGCCUAUAUUUUGAGCGCAGCGCGGACGCCGGUUGCAAAGUUCAACGGCUCGCUUGCCUCUCUAUCCGCACCCCAACUCGGCGCCGUCGCUAUCAAAUCCGCAAUCGAAAAGUCGAAUAUUCCCGUCGAAAAGAUCACAGAUGUUUACAUGGGCCAGGUACUACAGGGGAAUUCCGGUCAAGCACCUGCGCGCCAGGCAGCAAUUCUCGCUGGGUUGUCAAACACGGUUGAGGCUAUCACUGUAAACAAAGUCUGCUCUUCCGGUUUGAAGGCAGUCGUAUUUGCCGCUCAGAAUAUACAACUGGGACUCGCCGAGGCGCAGGUUGCUGGAGGAAUGGAGAGUAUGACUCAGGUUCCAUACUAUUUGCCACGAUCCAGUCAAUUACCGGCGUUUGGAAAUUUGAAGGUUGAAGACGGUUUGAUCAAGGACGGCUUAUGGGAUGUUUACAACCAGUUCCAUAUGGGUGUAUGUGCUGAGAAGACUGCUUCUAAGUACAACAUCACUCGCGAACAACAGGACGAUUAUGCCAUUCAAUCGUAUCAGCGUGCCCAAGCAGCAUGGAAGGAAAACAAAUUUGCCGACGAGAUUGCCCCAGUCACCGUCAAGAGCAAGAAGGGCGAAACGGUCAUUUCCAAGGAUGAGGGAUUCGAAAGCUUGCAGAUAGAGAAGUUGAAGGGUCUCAAGCCGGCCUUCAUCCGCGAUGGAACCGGAACAGUCACUGCCGGAAAUGCUUCUACCCUGAACGACGGUGCGUCAGCUUUGGUGCUCACGAACAAGGAACUUGCCCAGCAAUAUGGAUCUGGAAGCCGAGUGCUUGCACGCAUUGUCGCAUCUGCGGACGCCGCUCACGACCCUGCUGAUUUCCCUACCGCCCCGGCCAAGGCCGUGCCAAUUGCACUUGAAAGAGCCGGCAUCACCAAGGACCAGGUUGCUGUUUGGGAGUUCAAUGAAGCCUUUGCAGCCGUCAUCAAGGCUAACGAACAGAUUCUCGGUCUUCAAAAUGCCCGCGUCAACCCUCUCGGCGGAGCUAUUUCAUUGGGCCAUCCUCUUGGCAGCUCAGGAUCUCGGAUCCUGACCACUUUGCUUCAUCAGCUACAACCGGGCGAGUAUGGCGUGGCUGCCAUUUGUAAUGGUGGCGGAGGCGCAACAGCUGUGGUGGUUCAGAGACUGGACCAGGUUGAAUAGUGU